AGCAUCCCACCACCGCAAGCGAGCGAGCCGAGCAAUCCGGUGUUACGGUGUGUGUGUGCGCGCGCGUGUGUGUGUGUGCGUGCGUAUACGGGCCGGCCCGUUGAAUGUGGGUUACUGGGCCCAGCUUGCCGAGCCGCGCUGGUGGCGUUUCGCGAGACUUUCGCCGGUGCGGAUGGAUGGUGGUGGUGCCCGUGCGCUUCCGGCGGUUACGCCGCGAUCGCCGCCGUGGUCGUCCCGUCUCGGCACGAAGAAGCCCGCUACCGUCGCCGGCCCUCGCCACCCUUGACCUUUGCCGACGACGAGCCUCGACGGCAGCAAAAGCAGCGGGAGCCCUCAAAAGGUCCUAAAUGGCGUCCUCUGGGCUGGUGAAGCAGGAGGACGAGCCGUACGAGCUGACCAUGUACUCGUCCUCGUCCUCGCUGUCACCGGGCGAUGCGGCUCCCCGCAAGCUGCAGUGCCACUCGCCUAGCCUGUCGCCACCGCUGAGCCCCCGCGAGUUCUCCUGCUCCUCCACCACCAGCAUCAAGCACCAGGCGCCAUCCUCCCCACCAGUUACGAGCCACGGCUCUAGCGGCGGCCACUCUACGCGGGGCUCGUCGGGGCACCACCACAACAACAGCAACCACCACAGUGGCGGCGGCGGAGGCGGAGGCAACUCGCCGCGGCGGCUCUGUCUCGUCUGCGGGGAUGUGGCAUCAGGCUACCACUACGGGGUGGCCUCGUGUGAGGCCUGCAAGGCGUUUUUCAAGCGGACCAUCCAGGGCAACAUCGAGUACACAUGUCCCGCGUCAAGCGACUGCGAGAUCAACAAGCGACGGCGCAAGGCAUGCCAAGCUUGCCGGUUUCAGAAGUGCCUCAAGAUGGGCAUGCUCAAGGAAGGGGUCCGGUUAGACAGGGUUCGUGGCGGCCGCCAGAAGUACCGGCGAAGCACGGAAGGCCCCUACCACGUCCAGGCUCUCGCCCCCAAAAAGGUCUCUCUCGAAGACAAUGUGAUAAUCUCGGCGCUGGUGCACUGCGAGCCAGAGCCGCUGCUGGCAAUGACCAACGGGUCGUCAUCGCCUUCACUGGAAAGCCACUACACGACGGUCAGCGUGCUCAGCGAACUCGUGGACCGGGAACUUGUGGCCACAAUCAGCUGGGCCAAGCAGAUACCUGGCUUCACCGACCUGACGCUCAAUGACCAAAUGCGCCUUUUACAAACCACUUGGGCCGAGAUCCUCUCCCUGGCAUUGGCCUACAGGUCAUGCCACCUUAGCCCGCCCGUGCGGCUAAUGUUUGCCUCGGACCUAAUUAUAGACGAGCGGCAAGCAUCCGAGUGCCGUGCCGAAGAGCUCUUCCUGCACACUGCUCACCUGGUGAAGCGGCUCGAGGCUCUCACCAUUUCGCGAGAGGAGUUUCUUGCCCUCAAAGCCCUGCUACUCACCAAUGCAGACAUCCACCUCGAGGAUGCGUCCUCAGUGCACAAGCUGCGCGACGCCGUCCUCCAGGGCCUGCACGACUGUGUGGCCGCGCAGCGCAGUUCUUCCACAGCCUCCUCAUCCUCAUCUGGGUCGGCCUCCUCGCCAACCUCAACGCCCGUCUCAACAACGACAAGCACGGCCAAUGGCAAUGGCGCGGCCGCACAGCAGCUUGCCUCCGCGACGGCGAUAGCCUCCCACUCGAGUCAGCUGCUCAUGUGCCUGCCCUUGCUGAGGCAGCUGGACACAGUGGUGCGCCGCUUCUGGAAUGGUGUGCGCAGGGACGGCACGGUGCCCAUGAACAAGCUGUUUGUUGAGAUGUUAGAGUCCCACACGCUCACGCGGUGAGCGUGGUGAGAGCCACUUUGGUGGCUGGCGGGGGCUUUUGUCCGCGUUUCUCGGUGAUGCUGUCAUGCACAGUUACUUUUUUGGUUCCGUACAGUGUUGCGGAAACUAAUCCUCUUCGCUGCUCUCCUCUGGCGAGGACUGUUGGGAGCUGGUGGGGAGUGGCCCAUCCUGGCCGUGCACGCUGCCUCUCUAGUUUCGUGUACCAGUGCCGAAACAUGGGCUUGCAACUUCAUCCUUUCGGUGACGUUCUGAAGCAGCUUUACAUGUGAAUGAACUAGCAAGCCAUAGUUGUACUUGCUUGAGUCGACUGUGUAUUCUGCUGGUUCAUGUUAUCUCAAACUGGAGACAAGUUUGUCAAGAAGCAGUUUGGAUGCACAGCUGCUUAGCUGUGACUUUCAGCCGGUGGAAGGCCCACUCCUGCAGCCAUUUGUCUUCUGCACUACUGCACGGAAUUGGAGCAGAAGCAGCCAGUGAUUGUGGGGAAGUCUGGAGAGUUGUUGUAAUGACUGAGGAAGUCGCUAGUCUACUGUAGCCAACUACCUAUGGCUACUCAAUGGCUGCUAUGAGUCGCUGAGCUGUUGUCUUGAUUGAUGUGACGAACUGAAGGUAGGAUUCGGCUUGCAGGCUGGGAAGAAUCCUGCGUGUAGAGGUCUAUUCCCACUGUCGAGGCAUAGCCUAGAAGUUGGUAGUCGAGAGAAUGCACGACUGAAUUGACGUGGCUUGCCUGUUGGCUAGGUAUUAUAUGAUGACCGCAACAAGUCAGUAGAAGUUCAUAUCCAAGUGUGCUAGUUCACGAGACACUGUGUGGGCUGCUGUUUGGGCUGUGCAGGUUGAAAUAGUAAGUUCGUUGUCUUGAUGGUGAAGCUCCUAAUUUCACUUUGUGGGUUCGUUACCAGGGGAAUUCAUAAAGCGGUAAGAUGUAGUUCUAGGACAAGUCACAAACAUCCACGAUUGGACCGCACAUUCACUCCUAGUCUUCAUUAUCAUGCGGCUAGUCCUUAUUUCGGGAAGCCAUGUUAUCGAAGCAUCAUUGUAGAAGGCAUGAGAUGAACGAGUUGAACAUGACCCAAGACACUGCGAAUUCGCAUUGAGACUCUUGAUUUUUUGUCUUGUGUGUUAUUGCAGUUUUCAUUUGUGUGUUCAAACA